AAAAGAUCAAGGCCUUAAAAAGGCCGGACUAUAGGCACCUUGACACCUUAACAGGCCGUCUGGCGCCUUAUUCAGUGGUAGAGCAAGACCGGCGGGGGUGCUCGUUCACGGUCCACGGAGAAGAUGGAGAAGAUACGGUGCCAGAGGAUCGGUUGCAACGCCGUCUUCUCGGAGGAUGACAAUCCAGAAGGUUCCUGCAUUUAUCAUGAUUCGCCUAUUUUCCACGACGGAAUGAAAGAGUGGAAUUGUUGCAAGAAAAGAAGUCAUGAUUUCAGCUUGUUUCUAGAAAUUCCUGGGUGUAAGACAGGAAAACACACAGCUGAAAAAACAGUUUUAACAAAGCCAGCUGCUGCUCCAAGCAGACCAUUUCCUGCUUCAACUCAAAUAGCAGAUGUAUCCCUCAAUGAAAAUUGUCCUAGGUGUCGCCAGGGUUUCUUCUGUUCAGAUCAUGGUUCUCAACCCGGACAGGUAAAUCCAAAAUCAUCAAAUACAGUAUCCACCACCUAUAGUGGAAGUGAUCAUGAUUUACAGGAGUGUCAUCCCACACCAAAGAAGAUAAUUGAUAUAAACGAGCCUCAAAUUUGUAAGAAUAAGGGAUGCGGUAAGACCUUCAGAGAGAAAGAAAAUCAUGACAAUGCUUGCAGUUACCACCCCGGGCCAGCUGUAUUCCAUGAUCGAAUGAGAGGGUGGAAAUGCUGUGAUAUUCAUGAAAAGGAAUUUGAUGACUUCAUGAACAUUCCACCUUGCACGAAGGGAUGGCACAGUGCUGAUCCAGCGACAUGAUUGGAAUGAAUGAUUUGAAAAUUUUCCAUUCUGUCAAUUUUGAUUCUGUAUGGAUUUUCUGAUCUAUUGUAGAGAAGCUGUUGCUCAAAUAUUCUUGGGGGUAAAAAAUUACAAUAAGGGUGUUAGGGGUAAAAAAUUAAGUUUACUCCUAUUUGGGGAAUAUUAGGAGUUAACUCCUAUUUAGGGAAAUGUGUUAUGUUUUACUCCUAUUGGGAGAUGAUAGAGUAUAUGAUGGGCUCACGCCCCAUGGCCCACAUACUCGGAAGGUCAAAACACUAGGAUAGCGCCCACGUAGCACCUUUCGGCCAGAGAGAAAAGUGUCCAGAAGGUCGCCUGAAGACAGUGGACCCCGCGUCGGCCAUGGACCGCGUCGGUCGGGUGCACGUGUCAGCCAGGGUCUUCCCCUGGCAGAAUGUAUUUUCUUAUCUUGUUUGCUAAGUAUUGUACUCAGCCCAUUAAAGGCCUUAUUCCGCCCCAAAGAAGACAUGAUUAUUGUAAUGGGCCUCCUAAGCCCAAGGCUAGGAGCCCAAAUUCACAUUUACUCCUAUAAAUACUCCCCUUGGGGGUAGUUAUAAGGGUUGAGAAAUAUUAAUUGCUCAUUCUCUCUAAUUUUC